UGAUUCUCUCAUCAAGUAUGAGCGGGUUUGGAGAAGCACAGGGCUCUCAUGAGAGCACAGACGACUUGCCCGAUGACGGAAGCGCGCGCUUCAAGAAACGCCGUCUUUCGGCGAGCAAUAUACCAGACAAGCGGAAGAAGUUGUCGGAAACUGCAUGGGCAAAGCUACACUCAAACACUCACAACGGCACUGCUAUUGGUGAACAGCUGGAUGAACCCUCUACUACUGCUUUGCCGACAGCAGUGCCCACAAUCCACAAGCCUGGUCUCACAUUGCUCGAUCUUCCCACAGAGCUGCGCUUGGAGAUCUACGAUUAUCUCCUCGACGACCUCUUAAUGCACAUCUACCACGACCCAACGGUCAAAUCUCGACUCUGCUGUUCCAGCAGUGCGUGCGCCCAGACCGACGAGUCGUCGCUCCUCUGCAAAUUCCCAAACUGGACCAUUGCUGACGGCUGCUGCAACUACGAGACGCCCAGGGAAGACUGCAAGAAUCCCCUUGUUUUCGCAUUUACAAGCAAGAAAAUCUAUCAGGAGACAAGCCUUUUACUCUAUUCUCGCCCUACAUUUCACAUCAGUCACGUGAUCUUGAUGCCAUUCCUAUACUCGCUCAAGGACGACCAAAGAAGCGCCAUUCAAAGCCUUAUCGUCACAGGACCCUUCAUGGGUGGCCGCCGUGCUGUCACUAAUGCCGGAGACGCGCUUGAAAAAGCGUGCGAUCUCCUGCCUGGAUUGCGACGGAUUGGCGUGCAGAUGCCUAUAUCCAAUGGACUGAUGGCUGGAAAUAGCCUGGACCCUCGUCCACGGUGGCACAUGUGGAAAUUCAGUCAAGUGCUACUGGCUUCAAGAAAGGAAGGGGUUCAGCAAGUCGUACUAGAGACCACAUCAUUGUACAAGGGCGGAGAUACGCGGCUGGUCGUGUUCAAGGCAAAGCAAGAGGCGAAAGAAUGGCUCCUGAAUCGAGACAUGGACAACAUCAACACCACGACGAACACGAGCACUCUAAGUGGAAACUCCUACAUGCAGUGCUUGAUGAAUCUCUUUGGUGUCAAGCCACCUCUCGGACUUCGAGAUUUCGACAUGCUCGUCGAAAAUCUUUGUCAUUCUUGAUCGGAUUGGAUCGAUCAGUUCUUC